AUGUCGCCUCAGAGCUCCUCUAGACUUUGGCAGACAGACACAGAGUCCGCCGUUGUCGAUGCAAACUCUACAUUUCGACCCCUUCCGGCCUCGUGGUAUUCCUCGCAAGAUAUGUAUGAACUCGAACGCCGCGCCAUCUUCUCUCGGAAAUGGCUUCUUACGACACACAAGUCGCGGUUUCCCAAAACUGGAGACUGGCUGCAGUACAACAUCUGCGGGUACGCCUUUAUUCUGGUGAAAGACCGCGAGGGAGAUAUCAAUGCAUUUCAUAAUGUCUGCCGACAUCGUGCAUUCCCGGUGGUUACUGAAGACGGUGGCACGUCUAGGAUUUUCUCUUGUCAGUAUCACGGAUGGUCCUACGGACUCAACGGCAAACUCGCCAAGGCACCGGGUUAUCAGGAUUUAGAUGGCUUUGACAAGAGCAAGAACGGUCUUCUGCCAAUCCAUAUUCACAUCGAUAUCAAUGGCUUCAUCUGGGUCAAUUUAGAUGCCGGUGAAAAGCCCGAGAUCUCGUGGGAGAAUGACUCCAACGAAACAGACCUAAUGCCAUCGUUUAAGAGUCUUGAGCUUGACGACUAUAGGUUUGACCAUGCGGGGGAACUCAGUGGGGAGUAUAACUGGAAGAUAUUGGCAGAUAUCUACCAUAGUCGCUAUCAUCCUGGCAUCUGCGACAAGGUGGAAGAUAACAGCAUUUUUCACAAUGCCAACUCCACUCCGGAGAAGAUUGUCAACGGUCUGAAGGUUACAAGCACCUACUGCUUCCCGAAUAUUUUGAUGACUGUCUCGUCGCAUUUCUUCUUUAUACAGCGAUUUGUGCCUACCGGUCCCAUCACAUGCUCAACACGCUAUGAAGUCUUUCGCCACACGAUGUCCACCGAUGAUGACUUUGAAAUAAUCAAGCAAACAUUGAAAAGUAUCAUGUCGGAGGGCAAAGAUGAUUGUAUUACAGCGCAGCAAAGCCUCAAGGCUGAAGCGUCUGUAACUAUCCAGCCUCACCCUAAGGAGAAUGGACGGUUUCAAUUCCAGAAUGUCGUGCGUGAGCUGAUCAUGGCGCACCAUGAGCGGGAAGAGGAAGCAGGGGAGGAAUUCUGGCCUGCGCGACAAAGACUCCCCGCAGAAGAGGAAGCGGGAGUCAGUAAAGAGGACAUGGCCUUCUGCUCCAAGGUCAUAAGCAAGGAUGGCUCGUCUGGGAUUUCGGGUGGAUGCUGUGGAGGAGGGUGUGGAGGUGGACCGCCAACAAAACCAGCAACUGCACCUGAGACUAUGGUGUGUUAG